AUGAACAAGACCAAGGAUGUCAAGAGCUACUCUUCGACGGAUCUCAGUCAGAUUCUUGGCUACUCUGUCCCGCCGAAGCAGGAGGACGAGAAGCUGAUCAGCAAGGAUGCCAUCAAGAAGUACGGAAAGACGGAGCAAGAGAAGAAGGAGAAGAAGAAGAAGACCAAGCACGAGCGCGACCUCGAAAAGGUGCCACAUUGUGAUGAGGAGGAUGUUAUCUCCACCACUGGGGUUGUGCUCAAGCAUCCUAUCCUUCCUAAGCCGAGCGUGUUGAGCGGCACACUGAAGCACAUGUUCGUACAUGGAGGCUUCAUGUCGCACGACAAGCACAAGCACAAGAAACAGGAUUGGGAGUUCAACGAAGAGACACAAGAGAAAAUUGCAAAUGACGCGCAUGCCAACAAGGUCGAGGGAAGGAAAGGUCUCGGGUUUGACAACGACCGUCCCACCAAGUUAGGAAAGGACUUCAAGGGGGCAAAGAAAACCUUCGACUCAGAUGAGGAAAGCGACGCGAGCUCGAGUAAAUCAGAGAAUGAGGAACAGGUACGACUUGCCAAGAAGGAGAAGAAGAAAAAGAACAAAUCGGAGAAGAAGGAGAAAAAAGAAAAGGAAGGCAAGAAAAAGAAGAGAUCCAGGGAUUCCGAUGACAGUGACUCUGACAGCGACAAGGAGGAAUCCAAGAAAAAGAAGAAGAAAAGGAGUAGCCAGUAAUCAGAGCGAUGCCUUAUUUUUUUCUUCUGUAACUUUGGCUUCUCGAAGCUUCGUUUCUCAUUUUAUUUUUACCUUUGGAUUUUGUACUGUGAUCACUGUAAUAAAGCGUCUUCACUUGAUA